AUGACUGUGAUGGAUCCGACAAACUUUUUGCGAGACGAGAAGCUGAAUGACGCUCCGCAAAUGGGUGGCAUUGGCGAAGUCGUACAAAUAGAUAAAUCGUUAUUUCGUGGUAAGCGUAAGUAUAAUCGUGGCCGUCUAUUUCGGGGCAAUCGUAACAACGCAACGAGAGCCUCUAACAACAACAAUAAUAACAAUCGUCUUGAGCAGUGCCCAAGUUCGACUUCAAGCGAUGAUUCGGAUUCCAGCGGUGAUCAGACAAAUAACAAUCGCAAUUAUGGAACGAAAAUUGAUGGUCCCUGGAUAUUCGGAAUUGCGCAGCCAAUGGCAGAGGGAUACGAGGCCCGUUUUUCCCAUGUACAACGACGCGAUGCUGCCUUUUGUCUCAUUAUCUGUCUUUUAACUUCUCUCAAGGGCGGGAACACCAAGAAUCAAUGUAAACAAUUAGCUCAACUAAAUGAAUAUUUGAUUGAUAACUUCAACAUCGAUGAACAAAAGAUAUUAAAAGACUUAUUAGUCAAAAAGUCACGAGAAAAACAGCAUCGGUCCGAUUUAACUAGAUCAUUGACAACCUCAAGUGAACCAAACACUGAAAUGACAACACUAUUUUUACUUAUUCUAUUGUCUUUCUCUUUAAUAUUAAAUUAG